AUGCCACUCUUCCAUCGCGACUCAGUCUCUAGUUCUUCCUCGGAUAGAAGCAUUGAUGAUCCCCACCAACCUCGACAUGGCCAUUCCUUCUUCGGGAGGAAAUCGUCUGGCAGCUCCAUUUCAUCUGGAUCCAGCUCCACACGAAACAGCCGUCAUCGUAGCAUUCUUCACCGAUCGCCACUUGAUCCUUCUAUAAAGGCCGCUCAAGAGAGAGUGGUUCUCGCUGAAACCGCCGAGAAGGAAGCCGAUAAAGCUCUGAUGGCCUCGAAAAAAGCCGUGAAAGAUGCCAGGGACCAUGUCAAACACCUUGAAAGAGAAGCCGCAGAGGAAGCUCGCCUUGCAAAGAUAAAGCAGAGUCAUGCCAAGUCUAUCUCCAAGAGAGCCAAGCCCCUUGGUCGUAAGAUCUACCUUCCCGUGGAGAUAUAG